GAGUUGGUGCAGAAAGAACAAUCUUCGUUGUGCUUUUUUGAUGAUGUUUUUGAUGUUAGGUGUCCAUUUUAAGCCUGGAGAUACGAUAGAACCUAGAAACAAGGACAGGUGUCCUUGGCACCAAGGCGUGAGUGUAACACAGACGUUCCUCUCAGAUCGUACCUGGCUGCAGGUAAGUCCUGCCAGGUGCCCUUUUCAACUGUCCCUGCAGGGUCCGACCUUCAUCCGGAGCAGACUAGAUCUCUACACAGAGCUGAAAAAGAAGAGCGAUGCGAUUCUCCGCUCCAGAACAUCUGGCCAAAGUCAGACAAUCCAAAUCAGGCUUUCCGAUGGGAAGGUGACGGGCGGACAGGCCUGGAAGACGACCCCCUACCAGGUGGCUGUCAACCUCAGCCGCGGAGUUGCCGACAAUGUCGUCAUUGCCAGAGUGAAUGGGGAAUUGUGGGACCUCGACCGGCCGAUGGAAGGAGAUUCCACCUUGGAGCUGCUGACUUUUGAGAACGAAGAUGCUCAGGCGAGGGGUUUCCAGUACAGAGUUACUGACUCUGGAGAGCAUUUGCAAAAGCAUCAUGAAGGAAAAGCAGCCGUUUGAAAGGCUCGAAGUCCGAAAAGAAGAUUUGCUAGAAAUGUUUAAAUACAACAAGUUCAAAUGCCGGAUCCUGAAUGAGAAAAUUCACACACUGACCACAACAGUAUACAGGUGCGGUCCCUUGAUUGAUUUAUGCAGAGGACCUCAUGUGAGGCACACUGGAAAAAUAAAGGCCUUAAAGAUCAUUAAGAACUCGUCGACCUAUUGGGAGGGGAAGUCCAACAUGGAAACCUUGCAACGGAUCUACGGAAUCUCUUUCCCAGAGGCCAAAAUGAUGAAGGAGUGGGAGAAAUUCCAGGAGGAAGCCAAAAAACGAGACCACAGGAAAAUUGGCAAGGAACAAGAGCUCUUCUUUUUCCAUGACCUGAGCCCUGGAAGCUGUUUCUUUCUUCCCCGUGGAGCUUUUAUUUACAAUACACUCGUGGAUUUCAUCAAAGAAGAGUAUCAGCGGCGGAACUUCAUGGAAGUCGUUUCCCCCAAUAUCUACAACAGUAAACUUUGGGAAACCUCUGGCCACUGGCAGCAUUACAGCGAGAACAUGUUCUCUUUCGAGGCGGAAAAAGAAAUCUUUGCCCUGAAGCCGAUGAACUGUCCCGGACACUGAUCGAUAUUACAAUCAAAGAUGCUAUUGGCCGGUACCACCAGUGUGCUACGAUCCAGCUUGAUUUCCAGCUACCCGUCCGGUUCAAUUUGACGUAUGUUGGCAAAGACGGGAACGACAAGACGAGGCCCGUAAUCAUCCACCGAGCGAUUCUGGGCUCUGUGGAGAGGAUGAUGGCUAUCCUGGCAGAAAACUACAGUGGCAAAUGGCCUUUUUGGCUCUCCCCUCGGCAAGUCAUGCUGGUUCCCGUCGGACCUACCUGCGAAGGAUAUGCCCAGCAGGUCUGCAACGAGGCUUGUGAAGCUGGGCUCAUGGCGGAUGUUGAUUUGGACCAGAGCUGCACGCUGAAUAAGAAGAUAAGAAACGCACAGCUGGCUCAGUAUAAUUUCAUUUUUG